UUAAAACUGACUGCUUUAGCGACUCUGCGUGAAUUGACACGGAAAGCAGACGAGACGAUAACUGUUAUGCCUGUACGUAGAUCUCAACAAACCGCCAGUUCAACGAACAGGAUUUAAAAGUUACUGACACGUUAGACUGUAAUCAGGAGUGAAGAAUUAGGAUUUGAUAAAAACAUGUAAUUAAUGGUGUAGAAAGGUUAUAAUUAUCAGACGUUAAACUGUGUUAUAUUUGUGGGUUUACCAUAAGAAGCAGUCUUAGUUUGGGUAAGAUAUGUUAAAGAAUAUUACCCGGAGUUGGAGAGUCCUAUGAAAUGCCUACCAUUAAAGCUUUGAAGGGCAUUCCACGUCCUGACCUUAUAGGAAAAUUAAAGAAAAGGGAAGAUGAAAAAGGUUUCGUGAAACAUGAUGAACUACAAGAAGAGUCCUAUGAUGCAGAGAAGCCAUCAAAAGAAAAGAAAUCCUGGCGGAAGUAUCUGGAACCUAAUUGUCCCUGCUGCCCUAACCUCUCCAAGCGAUACUCAAUAGCCGUACUUAGUUUCUUCGGAUUCCUCAUCAGCUUUGGUAUACGAUGCAAUCUUGGAGUAGCCAUUGUUCAGAUGGUCAGCAACACGACAGCUGAA